AUGUCCCCUGUGCCAGGUUCUCUCACAGUGCAGAAUUGGUUACGUGUCUGUCUUGCACAGCAUGGCAGAUGCCGGAAUUCUCAGAAACCCCAAUCAGAGUUGAAUCUGAUAGAUUGUCGAAGUCAGAGAGUGCUGAGCAUCGCUGAAAUUGGCACUGGUGAACCGGACUAUCUCGCCUUGAGCUACGAUGCCAUUGAUGUGGUGUUGAAACUUGGUUACUACUACUUGUGGAUCGACAAGUACUGUGUCGACCAGCACGACAAAUGCAAGAAACAUGAGCAGCUAAUGCAUAUGGGCCAUGUGUACAAGAAUGCGACGUUGACAAUAGUCGCAGCUGCAGGGCAUGAUGAAUCGUACGGGCUUCCUGGGGUGUCCUCGACCCGGCUACACAGGCAGACAUCGUUCAAGAAUGAUGGAGAUGGGUAUGAACUAAGGUCUACUUUACCAUUGCCUCACUCUUCCAUCGCCAAAUCCAAGUGGGCUUCAAGAGGCUGGACCUAUCAAGAAGCCAUUCUGAGCCGGCGUCGACUAGUUUUCACAGAUGAACAACUAUAUUUCGAGUGCAACUCUACUAGCUGUGUCGAAGCCUUUGACAUCUCGUUUGAUAACACAUUUUCCGCAUCUGAGAUAGAUCAUGAGCGCUCAAUACGCUCCCCUCUCUUCUCACUCUACCAACUAUCAGCUGUUGCAUUGAGCGGUAGAGCGGCAAGGUUGAAUAACUUUUCCACAUACACGCACUGUGCUGAACAGUAUUCAAAGAGGACGCUGACGUUCGAUCGCGAUUCGCUUGUAGCAUUUAGUGGCAUCAUCAGAGUGUUAGAAUCCAUCACCCCCUUCCCAGUUCGGCAUAUUUGGGGUGUCCCAUUCUUCCACCCCGACGACGAUAAUACAGGGUUUGAUUAUCUCGCAUACUUGAUGCUCGGGCUCUGUUGGCGACAUGUUCCAUCGGAGAAACCCCCGCGUAGGCGGCACGAUUUGCCCUCUUGGUCUUGGACGGGUUGGGAAGGGGCUCUGACGUGGCCGAGAUUGAGUAAAGAUUCAGAUAUCAGAAGUUCGACAUGGGCAGAAACGUCCAUAUCUCUGGCAUCCGACAGUUCGGAGUCCGUGCCGGAGCUCUACCACAAGAGUACAGAUGCUCAUCUGUUGGCUCAGAGUAAUAAGUCUCUUCACAUCCGGACCUCCGCGAUAUCACCCUCGGCUUUUGUCUUCAAUGAGUCAUCUUCUAGCCUUGUCCUGAUUACCGGGGGCGAAGUAAAACUAUAUCCAAGCAAAAGCGAACUUGAUGCAUCGAAGGUAUUCAGAAGAAUCCAGAGUGCGCGGUAUGGAAUCAUUAGGCUUGCUACCAUUGAUGGAAACACCUAUAUGAUGCUAAUCAAGCGAUACCGGAAUGCAUAUUACCGCAUUGGUAUAAUGGUUGUCAAAGAUCUGUAUCUGACAUACUCUUUAUUUACAUCCAAGAUAGAGACAUUCAAAUUGAGAUAA